CUGCUGCUGAGACCUUAGCGCACUCGGCGAUUUCCUCCCCCCCCCUAAAAAGAACAUGCCAUGGACACAGUUUCACGCAGAUUAGGACUCCUAACAUGACGAUAAUCGAUUGCGAGAAUCCCCUUUUUCUCAUAGGAGAAUGAGGAAGAGGAGGAACUGGAAACCUUCGGAGCACCUUGGAAAGAUUCUGUGAAGUCUCAAUGAAAGCUUUGGAAGAGCCCCUCUAGUAUUUGACUCAAUGGCCAAGAAAGGGCGUACAAAGAGCGAGAAGCCUGAAGCGCUCAUCUCUGCCCUACAGGCAGCCAAUGAAGAACUCAGGUCCAAGCUGACUGACAUCCAGAUAGAGCUACACCAAGAAAAAUGCAAGGUGAGCAAACUGGAGCGCGACAAGCUUCAGGAGGUGAAGCGGGUGCGAGAGCAGGAGCAGCACCGCCACACUGCCAUGAUGACCGAGCAGCGGGCCAAGUGGCACGAGGAGAAGUUAAAAGAACUCCAGGCUCUCAGGGAAAACCUGACAAGGCAGCAUGAGCAGGAGCUGGCCCGCCACGCCAAAAUCAAAGACCAGGAGAACCAAAGGCUCAAAGCCGCCCUGAACGCCAUGCGCGAUGGCAGCGGAGAGAAGGUGCGGACAGCCCUGACCCUGGAAGCCAAGGAGGAUGCGCGCCGCUUCUUCGAUCAGGAGAGAGUGAAGCUCCUGCAGGAGAUAAUGGAGCUGAAGUCUCUAAAGAAGCAGACGGACGAGGCUCUCAGCAACAUGAUCCAGUCCGACAAGAUGAAGGCUGGCGACCUGCGGGUGGAGCACCAGCAGCACCAGGAGCAGAUCUCAAAGAUUAAGUGGGACUCUGAGAAGGACAUCCGCAGACUGGUGGAUGAAAUCAAAUCUAAAGACCGCACCAUUUUUGCUAUGGAGAAGGAAAUGGAGUCAACAGCGGGUUUCUUGCAGAAGCUACAGCUUCAGAAGGACGCUCUGGACGAACAGCUGUUCCUUGUGAAGGAGGCUGAGUGCGGCCUUGGAAGCCCAAAAAGAGAGAUUCCCGGCAGAGCUGGAGAUGGAGCUGAGCACUGUGGUAGCCCAGACUUAAGGAGAAACCAGAGGCGUCUUGCUGAUCUCAACUCGACUAUACGCAAAUUAGAGGACCGCAACUCACUGCUGGUGGAUGAGAGGAAUGAGCUGCUGAAGCGAGUUCGAGAGUCAGAGAAACAGUCCAAGCCACUGCUGGACAGGAACAAGCUGAUGAGUAAGAGGAAUGAUGAUUUGACUCAGACCAUCCAGAAGCUAGAGGAGAAACUCAAGGUCCUGUCCAAGGAGAACCAUGAGAUGAAGGAGAAGAUCAGCUCCCACCCUCCACUGAAGAAGCUGAAGUCCCUGAAUGACCUUGACCAAGCACAUGAUGACCAAGAAAUAGCAUUCCUCAAGCUUCAAGUCCUGGAGCAACAAAACAUGAUUGAUGAGCUGACAAGAGACCGGGAAAAACUACUAAGAAAGAAAAGGCAUAAAAGAAGUUCACGGCCAAUAAAGAGGCACAUCGUAGUAGACACCUUCUUCGGGUAUGAUGAAGAGUCAAUGGACUCAGAGACAUCCUCCGUGGCUUCAUUCAGGAUGGACAGAACUCCUGCUACUCCCGAUGAAGACCUGGAAGAGGGUCUCGCCAACGAGGAGUCGGAGCUGCGUUUCCGUCAGCUCACUAGAGAGUACCAGGCCUUACAGCGAGCCUAUGCCCUGCUGCAGGAACAGAAAGGAGGCAUUCUGGACGCUGAGAUGGAAGUCAAGGCUCAGGAGCAACUUCAUGCAGAGGUUCUUAGGUAUAAAGCCAAAAUAGAGGAUUUGGAGAAGGAACUCAACCUAAAGGGACAGGACUCCAAAUGGGUGGAGGAGAAGCAGCUGUUCUUACGAAGGAAUCAGGAGCUUUAUGAGAAGCUGGAAAAGAUGGACGCAGAGAGCAGCCGGGCGCAGCAGGAACUACAAGACUCCAGAGAUCAGAACGAACUGUUGGAGUUUAGGAUUCUGGAGCUAGAGGAGCGUGAGAGGAAGUCCCCUCCAUUCAACCACCUGAGGAUGCAUCCCUUCUCUGAGGGAGUCAGUGCACUGCAGAUCUACUGUAUGAAGGAGGGGGUCAAGGACGUGUGCAUACCAGAUCUCAUCAAACUUCUAGAUAUCCUGGGAGACAACGGGAACUUAAGAAAUGAGGAGCAAGUGGCCAUUAUUCAGGCUAGCACUGUUUUGUCUCUAGCAGAAAAGUGGAUUCAACAGAUUGAGGGGACGGAGGCGUCGCUGCACCAGAAGAUGAUGGACCUGGAGAUAGAGAUGGAGAUGUUCUGUAAACAGAAGGGAUAUCUAGAAGAGGAGCUGGACUACAGAAAGCAGGCCCUGGACCAGGCCUACAUGCAAAUCCAGGAGUUGGAAGCAACGUUAUACAACGCCCUGCAGCAGGACAAGGUGAUAAAGUACGGCGAGCCCCUGGAUGAGCUUCAGAAGGACGAGCUGCGAACAGCGGUGGAGAAGCUGAGGAGGCAGAUGCUGAGGAAGAGUCGAGAGUACGACUGCCAGAUCCUCCAGGAGAGGAUGGAGCUGCUGCACCAGGCGCACCAGAGAAUUCGUGAUCUUGAAGACAAGACGGAAAUCCAGAGGAGGCAGAUUAAAGACCUGGAGGAAAAGGUGGUGUGUCAGCUUGGGGAUCUUGUUUGUGACUGCAGUGUUAUUUAUUUUUUGGACAACUGUGGAACAACGUGCGUAGCAGUGGCUGCUCGUGUCAUAACAUCAGUGACUGCUGUCAGUGUAGGUGAAUGUGUCCUGUGUUGGCCAUGGACGUUCGCACUUCAGAUUCUAUCCUUUAGUUUUUUUAAAUGGGGGUGGGGUUCUCAGGAUACUGCCCAGGGUGUUUUUUUUAGAUCGGCAUUGGACAAUAAACUUCUCUAAAAGCAGCUAGCAGUGCUGCAGCAGGCUGCAAGAAUGACACACGUACAGUAGAAACACAUGUUCAGACAAACACACUCCUACAUUCACACAGUUAAGGGACACGCAUGCAUAUACAGACGCAUGCAGAUGCAAACACACACUUACACACACACACACACACACACACACACACACACACACACACACACACACACACACACACACACACACACACACAAGCUUUGACAACUCCAAACCAAAGCCUGGGAAAUGUUUUCUCUGCCAUGCAGGGUAAUGUUAUGUCACUCAUCACAUUUUAGCCACAGUAUAAGCAGAAAAAACUCAUAGACAACGAGGCAAACAAACCUCCGGACCACAACAUCUCUUAUUUUUCUCUUCCCCGAAAGGAUGUUCUUCACAAUUGGAACUUUUUGGUAAAUAGAAGCGAGCCAACUCAGGGCCCAGGAGUGCAGAGGCAAGUACUGGUCUGAGCUCAGAUUAUAAUAAGGAUCGCUAUGGAAAAUGGUGUGUUACCGGCUUGCCUGAUCCCAGAGUGGUGCGAACACAAACUGAUUGGACUCUCCUGAGGUUAAAGACACUCCAGAGUGGUGCGUACAGAAACUAAAAAGGGGAUACAGGACACUCAGGACGACACAUCUUCACCAGACAGACAUUAAGCGAGGAGAGAUAAAAAGAAAAAGACAAGCUCAUGAGAUCCAGCUCCACUCAACCUGGAUCGCCGCAGAUUGUCAAACCGCUUCUUCAUUUUUUUCAAAAACCAGCAGACUGUAAGAGCUUUACUCUCUGGUUAUCUUUCUUUUUUUACAGCUCCCACCACUCAGAUACUGUGUCACAAGAUUUCCACUGAGAAAACAUCCCUAUUAUGUACUAUAAUAUAUACAUUUGUUGAUAUGUACAUGUGACUGAAUUAUUUAAUGUAGUCUCCCCUUUUUAUUUCUGUUAAUAGUUGCAUCUUUUUUUUUUUUCUUCUCUGAAGCAGCUUGAACAGUUGAUGUAGUUUAUAAAUGAUUCUAAAGGGUACAAAUUGCUCUGUUUUAUUGUAGUGACGGCUGCAAAGAUGAACUUUAUUUCCUUGAAAAAUGUAAAUGAAAAAUCGUUGGAAUAUGAAUGUGGAAUCAUCAAAUAUUUCCCUCCGUUUUCCUUUCCCUCUUUCAGACAGUAUUCUUUAUCAGUCAAUCUGUGUUGCUCUGAUGGACCAGCAGGGGGUGCUGGUUUCACCUAAGCUACAUUAAAUGUCCCUUUAACGUUUCAAAAUGUUCAACAAACUUGUAAAUAUUUUCAGACUUCCUUGCGAGAUAACUUCAUCAAAUCUAGUCGGACAAUUGGUAGAUUAAUUGAAAACUGAUGUCAGCACCGUCUCCUUGACACACAAACAAUGGACAAAAGCUAACGUUAUUAGUUGAAGUGCGACUUUAAAGACAACACAAAACAUUCUGUACACAUUUCUCUGUCCCAUAUCCCUGCAGGUUCUCUCUAUUGUCGUUCUUUGCCUAACAAAAAUGUAUUUGAUACUAACAACCUCUUUUACGUAACACUACUCUCCACUUCCCCAAAAAUGAAACAGGAGAAAGUGAACGCAACAUUACACCCGCUCCACUUCUCUUCUGUCAAUUCAACUGCCCAGUCCCUGCAAUAUUUACUAGUUGACCAUGCUUGUUCCCUACGUACCUGAGCUAGUGUAUCUGCCAUCAUACCCCCCUCCAGCCCUAUUCACAGGUCUAGGGUAUCGAGGCAUCUUAUUACAUACCGGAUAGUAACACCCGCUCCACUUACUUUACCAAGGGGCAUGACUGAGUCUCUUUUUGUGCAGACUCAGCUAACUAGCAGUUGCCUUAAAUGCAUCUUCCCCUUUUCCCCCUUGUAUGUUCCACUCUAAAGACUAUUCUUUCAGGCGGUUGAUAUUAUCAUGUAAUGUAUUUAUAUUUUUUUUAUUUUACAGAGGAUUUUUUUUAAACCUUACCCCGUCUGUCUUCCAAUGAGAAUCUAACCCCUCCUUUUACUUUCGUCUAGAUUAUUACAUAAAAAGAUAAAAGGAGUAAUGCUGUAAAAAAUAAAAAAAACAUGGCCUUUGACCUUUAAAGAAAUUGUCUUUUUUCUACAUCAUCAUUACAGGUGUGCAUGGUAAGGGUUUUGUGUUGAAGGUGGGCUUCUUUUUUUUACUGUCCUAUUAUUUUUGAUUUUAUUAAUACUAUUUUUAUUCUUUCAAAGUUAUAAAAUAAUGUAAAUUUAGUAACAUUAGGUUUCUCUCUUUCUCAGUCUGAAAUACCCAGAAUUAACCAUUUAAAGAGUUAAACUACAUCUUAAAAUGUCAAUUUUGAGGGAGAAAGUGAAGAAAAGCCCUCAUUUCAAACAUUUAGUUUAAAAUGAGAGCUGCCGGAUAGCUCAGUGGAUACGUUUUUUGGCCCAUAUGCGGUGGCCACUGCCAGUAAUCAAAUCAGACCAAGGAAAUUUCCUCACAUUUUGUCUCCCUCUUUCACUCUAUAUCUAGAAAAGGGCACUCUGGCCCAAAAAAAUGAUAUAUAAAAAAAUAAAUAAAAUGUAAUUAUGGGAUAAAGAAUUGUAAUUUAUUCUAUCUGUGCAGUUUUUGUUAUCCACGUCUCGGUUCAUUUUUUGCCAUGAGUUAAUUGGCAAGGUAAUAAUUCCUUAUUUCAUCUGACAAAACAUUUGCCAUUUGUCAUGGAAUUCAAAUGUUAUUUUUCUACAGUAAAUUCCUGCCCCAGGACCCUCACUACAGGGUCAAUUUAUUAGCUGUUAUGAAAUGUUUCUAUUGAUUUAAAGAGACUUUGGAUUUGUUUUGUCAUCCACUGUGUCCAAGGUCAAUAAGGAACCUUCAUACUGAUCAUUCAUCACACUUUUUCCCUGCUAUCUUUGUCAACAUGAUUUAUUUUUUGAAUAUGCACUAUGCAAUUGUUUAUGUUGCAGUGUAUUGCUGUCUCCUGUCAGUCUCUAUUGGUCGCUGUCAUCAGUUGUCCCUGCUAAUAAGGUUCUGCUUUGUUCAUCCAGGAAGAAGGAAAUAGGCUGAGCUGUGGCUGGUGUUGAUUAUUCUUCCAUAUGAUGCACGUUACUCUGAAAAGACAUGUAUAGCAAAGCAAAGAGACCUGCAAGUACGUGUUUUGCUUACACAGGUCAAACAGUACUUUUUAACACAAAGGUCUUAUUGUGUUUCAUGAAUUCAUUCAUAAAAACAUUGCUCAGUGUAAUGAAAUGGUUGUGGUGAAGACUUGUGGUAUGUUAUGAGUCAUAAAACCUUACUUCAUUGAA